AUGUCCGACAACUACAAACGCCUACUUCCAGCACCCAUGCUGCCCCUACGCGGCCAUGCCGAGUCGUCCUCCUCCUCCUCCUCGUCGGCGGCGAAGACCAGCGAGCCCCCAACCAAGAAACGGACCGUGUCCAAGGCCGCCUGCAACAACUGCAGAGUCAAGAAGAUACGCUGCGACAACAAGAGACCCGUCUGUACCGCAUGCGCGCGGGCUGGAACCGAUUGCAGCUUUGUUACUGCCACCAGCGAUGAGACGCCCUUCAUGGCACUGAAACGAGAAGUUGAGCAUCAUAAACACCUCGCUGAUAGCCUUCUGGGGCUGUACGACUUGCUGAGAUCAGCUUCGGAUAGCGUUGUCCUCGACAUCGUAAGGCGACUCAAAGCGAUUCGGAAUACAAAAGCAGGCGCCGACGGAAUUACUGAUGUUGUUGCUGCAGUCAACAGGGAACUGGAGCAUGAGUCUCCUCUGCGUGCUCGCUUUUCGAACGGGGAGCUCAUGCAGAGCUUCUUGCCCGAGUCGAGAGAACAAACCGAGUCUGAGCUCAUGAUACGUUGCGCGUCUGCUUACCCAUCGCUCGUCCCUAUCGAGUUUGCCUUCAUGAACUUGUCAGACAUGUUGAAACUGCCCGCACUCCUACACACGGAAGCGAAACCGACGACACCCAUGAAACGGGCUGCCAGUCAAACUGAUCACGGUUCGGUAAGUGCCACGUCCUCCGAGUCCGAUGCCCAGGGUAGUAGCAUGGGAGUCUCCGAGACACAAAUGACAUCGAGCUUUGAUCUCGCCAGCAUCCAUGACAGUGGUCAGUCCGUGGGCGUCGGAUCUGUCGAGCAAGUCGACCAACGCUUGAUGGAAAUGGACAUCUCAAAGUGGACCAACGUGCCCAUAUCGAAUGAGCUGGCUGCGACACUGAUAACGUUAUACCUUGAUAUCGAACACCCAUGGUGCACGUUGUUCGAUGCUGACCUAUUCCUGGAUGAUCUGCUCACCGGUACGACGCACUUUUGUUCGCGCUUGCUUGUCAACUCCAUACUCAGUUGGAUCUGCAUGGUACAACAAUGCGAACCGGAUCUACAGGCCGAGGUUGACCACUUGAGCCCCGAUUUCGAGAAGGAAGCCGUGGAAUGUUGGGCAACCGAGAAACACACAAACACCCUGACUGCGGCGGCGGCAGCUCAGCUGCUGAGUAACGUGUCGGCAUUCAGGGGGCGACACGAAUUUUCCGUCGAGUGUGAAGAAGAGGGCAUUCGCAUGGGCACGCGGAUGGGGCUCUUUGGAGUGAGGAGUGAAUACGACUCAGCUAUGACUUGGUUGGACGACCACGAUGACUGGCUCCGAGCUGCCUGUCACACGUCCUGGGGUAUCUUCACCUGUGUGUGCAUCCGGUCUCUGCGUUACCACAGAGCCAGGCUCGUAACGCCCCCGAUGCUGCCGAUACCCGGACAGUAUUUCGAGACCCACACCUGGUCGGAACAUCCCCAGAACGCCAUACAUAAAUUUGUACCGACUAGCCGCGUCGGUGGCAUCUUCAAUGCAAUGUGCUACUUUGGUGCGUGUCUUCAUUCCGGCAGUGGUUUCAUGUAUCCGUCUUACAAUAAUCUAACCUCGCUGCAGUACGUAACGCUGCGUGUUCCUCAAGGGGCACUGAGUGUCUUGCCAGACACGGCGGCGAUGGCAGGAAACAGCUCCAUCGAGAACUUAAUCGUCCACGACAUUCUUUGGGCAUAUUUCGACACGGGACACGGGGUACCGGUCGAGCGAGCCACGGUCGACUUCGCGGAGCGGACCUACCUCAGGUUGCUUGGCUGGGCCAUGACGCUCCCAAUGGAGUUGGCACGCGGCGAUGGGAUCCGGCGUUCUGUUCUGGCAUUACACGCCUACUUCCACUGCGUAACCAUGGAACUCUUUAGGCCAUUCUUAUUCAUGAGCGCGGAGGACUUACCACCCAUGAACUUCCAACACCUCAUGGGGUCGCCGAAAGAUGUCUACGGCGCAUCUGUCAAGCAGCUGAAGAGACUCGUUCUCACUGAUCGUAUUCACUUGAAUGGGCCUUCGGCGUCGAUCCCGUGGCACAUUGCCCUCCUGUACCUGGCAAACGCAAUGAUCUCUCCCGCUCCCAAGCCGGAGGACCCAAACCACCUUGACUGCCACUUCUUCUUCCUAUUCUGCAUCGUCCGGUACCUGAAGUUGUACCAGUCUUUCCCAGUGGUGGAUAAGACCAUAUUGGGCUUGCUGAGCAUGGCUUUGCGCAAUGGGCUUAUCAGCGCCAAGGAGAUGGACGUCAUCCUGGAGCACAUGCGCAAGAUAGGCCGACAGUACGACAUGACGGAUGCCGCGGAAGCCUAUUAUAUAAUCGAUCUGGAUCUGGCGACGUCGCAGCCGAGAGAGGCCCAGGGGGAGGCACUUGCGAGGCAGUUCCAUGAGUUGAUUUUAUUCCAAGAGAUGAUGACGGGCGUGCUCCCCCAAGCGUCGUAG